AUGGCUGAAGAAACACAUUCACCCUGUGACAAGUCUGAUGCUUCUGGCAGCCCUUGCAAUGCAGAAGAUGAUUUCAAAGGAGUGAUCCUCACCUACAAAGUGGAGUUGAGCUUUAAUGGCUCUAAGCGUGUCACCAUCCCAGACACCUACAUUGUGGAGGACAUUUGGAAUGGCAAGCUGCUUGCUGCAAAGGGUGAUGGCAGCAACAUCACUGACAGAAAGGCAAAGGCAGAGCAGCUGGUUGAGAUCGAGGUUGGCAACACAUUGGUCAGCAUUCUCUGCCAUGGGAAGAGGUCAUUAUCUGGAGACCUUCUGGUCAUGCUCAAGGAAGAUCAGUUGUCUGCAAUCUUUGACUUCUUGCAGCCUGAUUGCACUGACAUUGUUGCUGCUGGUGUGGAAGCUGAUUUGUUGCCACCCAACUCCUUGGCAAUUGAGCUGGCCUUGGACAACAGUGCUAGAGAAGGCCAAAUUGCUGCAAACAUCAAGAUGAUCAAGGAUUCCAAAGGGCUUUUAGCUCCACUUUCUGGUCAUGAGCGCUACCUGACUAUAGCCAACAGCCACUUUGUGCAGUGGGCCAGAGCUGUUGAUGCUGGCUGCAAAGGACCAGAUGGGAGCCAACCCACAGUCAGUGCAGAUUUGAAGGAUCUUUUGGUGAAAGGAUGGUCUUGGAAGAUCAUCUCAAAUGAAGCUGAGAGGCUAUGGCCCACUUUGCCUGCAUUUGCAGCAAUGGCUAUGAAUAGCCACAAUAGCACACAAAUUGCAAGCAAUGAGCUUGAGUGCAUGAUGCAGCUAGCAGAGCUGUAUAGAGGAGGAAUGAAAAUGGAUGAGGCAGUCCUGGCUGUGAGGCACAGUGCACCUGCCUGCAAGCACUAUUUGGAAGAUGUUGCAUACUUCUGCAAGAUGUACAGUGGUGGAGACUCCUUUCCAUUGCUGAAGUGUUUGGACACCUAUUGCAAAAACCAUGGCCACUCCUUGAUGCUGGGUGAGGAAAUGAUGAAUCACUUGGCCAUGUAUGACUUCAGGCUACCAGGACAAUCCAUGGCUCUGACAAGGAUUGGCCUUGCAGCUGUGAUGCUCAUUUCCAGAAAGCAUGCUGAUGGCUUCUCAAGGCUCCUUUUCAAGAGUGACUUUGACAAGCUCAAAGGCAAGGACACCACCAGAAAAUUAGAUGAAAUGUUUUUUACUCUUUGGAAGCAAGCAUUGGGGGCAGGGGUGGCACCUGAUGUGGGCUACAUUUGCUGGGGGAAUGCAGCUGUCAGGAUGGUCUUGCAUAUCUUGAACAAAGAAAAGGUUGCCAAACAAGAGGUUUACAAGUCCUUUGGGGAGAUUGUUGAGCUGUUCUCACAGGAGCUGAAUGGCAGUGUGAGGGUGACCACACACAGUGAACCUGCAGGGGGGUCAGCUUCUGCAGGCUCAGCUGUCAAAGACCUCCUCAAUUGCUCCAGCCAAGAGGUUGCCUUGUUUCAAAAUGCUCACAUUCGCAUUGGAGACAAGUACACACACCAUGACUACCCAGACCAAAUCUUUAUCCUGAAAGCUGUGGAUGACAAGAAGGCAACCUUUCAGCAUGUGCCCUUAUUUGCUGAUGCUUUGGUGGUUACUGAAGAGCUGACAUCAUUGAAGAAGCGGAGGGCAACAAAGAAAGAGCCCACUGCACUUUGCCCAGCAAAGCUCACCACAGACAGGCUACCACACAACCUUGAGAUGGUGCAGAAGGAGGUUGACAAGGUUCAGGCCACUGCACUGCUCAUGGAGGCCUAUAUGAACAACAAAGUUGGUGAUGGUGUGCUGGCUUUUGUUAGCAAUCCUUCCAAUUUGGCUGUGCUCAAGAAGGUCAAGAAGAAGGAGAUCAAACUUUUCCCCAUGGGCACCUGCUCACUUGUGCCAGUCAAAGACCAAACAAAGAUCUUGGAGAAGGCAAAGCAUUGUGUGGCAUGGUACAAGACAAAGCCUUACCAGAUACAACCAUUCAAGAGCUUCAACAAUUUUGCAAAGCCAGAAGAGACAGGAACCUUGUGUCCCUACUAUUGGGUCAGGAGUUCUGGUGAUGAUGAGGAGAUCAGUUUGAAAAUGGCAUGGGUGGAGUACAGGGGAUUGCACAUCCCUAUUUUGGAGAAUGAAGAGCCCAUCGAACCAAAAACAUUGCUGCUCAAGAGUUCUGACCCAGAUGAGGUCUUUGGCAAAGGCCCUUCUGCCAAGAAGGCCAAGACUGCUUAG